GCGUAACCCGGAAGACUCCUGUUAUUUCAUCAGGCUACAGCCAAACAUGCUGCAGCCCCGGCUCUGAAAUGACAAGCCAGCUUCGGUUUCAUGAGGUCUGUCUUUAGUAUUGCAGUUAAAUUGGUCAAAUCGAGAGGAGCUCACGGUUCAGUGUCAGCCCAACGCCUCGGAGGAGAGAUGUGUAAAGAGCUGAAGACCAAAGUGCUGCGUUUACUGCCGCCGACCUCCAAUGGGCCGUCUGUUCAUCAGGGCAGUCAAACAGACAGUGCUGAAAUCUUGAGCUGCACAGUGAACGCUCUGAAGGAGGGUCACGUGGUCGCUGUGCCCACCGACACCAUCUACGGCCUGGCGUGUCUGGCCCAGAACUCUGAAGCCAUCAGGAAAACCUACGACGUCAAAGGCAGGAAUGGACACAAGCCGCUGGCCAUCUGUGUGGGAGAGAUUGAGGAUUUCUAUAAGUACUGUAAGGUGACAGUGAAGACGGCGCUGUUAGGGGACCUGCUCCCGGGUCCUGUCACUCUGGUGUUUGAAAGAUCGGAGGUCCUGAACACCGAUCUCAACCCCUUCACCUCACUUGUAGGCGUCCGUAUCCCUGAUCACGCCUUCAUGAGACGCCUCUGCCAGAUGUGUGGAGAACCACUCGCACUCACCAGCGCAAACAUCAGCUCACACACCAGCACUGUGGCCGUACAUGAGUUCCAGGAGCUCUGGCCGAAGCUAGCGGUGGUUGUGGAUGGAGGACCAAUAGGAGACGAGAACCGCCUCGGAUCAACGGUGAUCGACCUGUCAGUUCUCGGCAAAUACCGCAUCAUCAGACCCGGCUGUGCCCUCUCCUCUACGGUUGAUGUGCUGGAGCAUAAAUAUGGACUGUCAGAGGACCCAGGGGAAGCAUGAUCUUUGAACUUUGCGCACUCCACAACGCACAGCCGACUUCCAUCCCCGGGGUUCCUCUGAAAUGAUGUGUCCCUUUUUCAUGCACACAUGGAAGAAUGAUUGUCCCGGGAAAGAACUGAACUCAGGGAAAGUCGAAGCGUUAAAACUUCUGAUGGUCGAUGGUGGCUGCUCUGAGGUUUGGACUCUCUUCUCUAUUUUCCGCUUGGAUGUCUCUACUGUCAUGGGAUGAAUAAAGCUUUUUUUUAUCUUAACCAUUUCUUUAGAAAAAAAGAGGGGAAAUGUUUGCAUUAAAGUUAAACUAUAAGAAUGUGGCAAACCCGAGUUAACGAUGGUUUGAGUGUUUAAUUGGAUGUAAUAUUUCUGCAAAGGUUUGAGUUGUAGUGGUCACACAUAUUUCUAUAGCCUGAAUAAGACUUUGUGCUAACACGGGACAUGGGAGUGUCAUCAAUAAUAUAUAUAAAACCUAUUUUGUGCCCAGAAGUAUCUAUUCAAUUCUACAAGAUGCAAAACACUGUAAUAUUUCAGGGUAGGUUUGGAUGAUUUGUCAACAAAAGUACAUGUUCAAAGCUGUAACAUUUGUUUUUAAUUCUGGUCUCCUGGUGUAACUUUGUUUUAUGGCUUUUACAACCUUGGCCCCGCCACAAUAAAAGUUUUCCCCGCCUUUUCACAGGCACAUCAAACUA